GCCAACCAGCGCCUGCCUCUGAACGGCCAAUGAGCACGCGCCUUACAGCAAAGGCCGGGUCGGGAGCGAGGCUGCGGCGAGUGCGGCGCUGACAGAGACGCGCGCGCGCGAUCGAACUCGGACCCGGGGCCACUGUCGCCAUCACCGCCGCCCGCCUAGUCGCCUCUCAGCCGCUUCUCCUCGCCAUGGAGGCGAGGCCGCCGCCGCCGCCGCGGGGCUCCGGGCCGCGGGCCGGGCGGCGGCCCUGAGGGGUAGUGGCGGGCCGAGACGCCGCCGCGGAACCGAGGCGGAGCUGCUGUCCUCGUCCCCAGCGGUCCCGCCCAGCGCCGGACUCGGUGACACAACUAAAAAGAGAUAUUUAUGGAAUUCCAAUGAGUGGUGAUGGAUGAUGCAGUUCAAAUAACUAAAGUAAGAGAAAUAAAACCAGAACUGUGAAGAGGCUUUUUGUCAGCCAGGUAAGCAUGGAUUCCUGGUUCAUUCUUGUUCUGCUUGGCAGUGGUCUGAUACAUGUCAGUGCCAACAAUACUACCACAGUUGCACCUUCUGUAGGAAUAACAAGAUCAACUAAAGCAUCAACAGCAGAAUCAGUUAAAGAAGAGACCAAAACUUCAAAUCCAACUUCUUCAGUAACUUCUCUUUCUGUGGCACCAACAUUCAGCCCAGAUCUAACUCUGGGACCCACCUAUGUAACCACUGUCAAUUCUUCAGACUCUGACAAUGGUACCGUGAGAACAGCAAGCACCGAUUCUGUAGGCACUACAAUUUCACCAAAUGGAACGUGGCUUCCAGAUAACCAGUUUACAGAUGCCAGAACAGAUCCCUGGGAGGGGAAUUCCAGCACUGCAGCAACCACUCCAGAAACCUUCCCGCCUUCAGGUAAUUCUGACUCGAAGGACAGAAGAGAUGAGACGCCAAUUAUUGCAGUGAUGGUGGCCCUGUCUUCUCUGCUAGUGAUCGUGUUUAUUAUCAUAGUUCUCUAUAUGUUAAGGUUUAAGAAGUACAAGCAAGCUGGGAGCCAUUCCAAUUCUUUCCGCUUAUCCAAUGGCCGCACUGAGGAUGUGGAGCCCCAAAGUGUGCCACUUCUGGCCAGAUCCCCAAGCACCAACAGGAAGUACCCACCCCUGCCUGUGGACAAGCUGGAAGAGGAGAUUAACCGGAGAAUGGCUGAUGACAAUAAGCUCUUCAGAGAGGAAUUUAAUGCUCUCCCUGCUUGUCCUAUCCAGGCCACCUGUGAAGCUGCCUCCAAGGAGGAAAACAAGGAAAAAAAUCGAUAUGUAAACAUCUUGCCUUAUGACCACUCUAGAGUCCACCUGACACCAGUUGAAGGGGUUCCAGAUUCUGAUUACAUCAAUGCUUCAUUCAUCAACGGCUACCAAGAAAAGAACAAAUUCAUUGCUGCACAAGGACCAAAAGAAGAAACAGUGAAUGAUUUCUGGAGGAUGAUCUGGGAACAAAACACAGCUACCAUUGUCAUGGUGACCAACCUGAAGGAGAGAAAGGAAUGUAAGUGCGCCCAGUACUGGCCAGACCAAGGCUGCUGGACUUAUGGCAAUAUCCGUGUUUCUGUAGAGGAUGUGACUGUCCUGGUGGACUACACAGUACGGAAGUUCUGUAUCCAGCAGGUGGGCGACAUGACGAACAGAAAGCCACAGCGCCUCAUCACUCAGUUCCACUUUACCAGCUGGCCAGACUUUGGGGUGCCUUUCACCCCCAUCGGUAUGCUCAAGUUCCUCAAGAAGGUGAAGGCCUGUAACCCUCAGUAUGCAGGGGCCAUCGUGGUCCACUGCAGUGCGGGUGUAGGACGUACAGGUACCUUUGUCGUCAUUGAUGCCAUGCUGGACAUGAUGCAUAUGGAGCGGAAGGUGGACGUAUAUGGCUUUGUAAGCCGGAUCCGGGCACAGCGCUGUCAGAUGGUGCAAACAGACAUGCAGUAUGUCUUCAUAUACCAAGCCCUUCUGGAGCAUUAUCUCUAUGGGGAUACAGAACUGGAAGUGACCUCUCUAGAAACCCACCUGCAGAAAAUUUACAACAAAAUCCCAGGGACCAGCAAUAAUGGAUUAGAGGAGGAGUUUAAGAAAUUAACAUCAAUCAAAAUCCAGAAUGACAAGAUGCGGACUGGAAACCUUCCAGCCAACAUGAAGAAGAACCGGGUUUUACAGAUCAUUCCAUAUGAAUUCAACAGAGUGAUCAUUCCAGUUAAACGGGGAGAGGAGAACACAGACUAUGUGAAUGCGUCCUUCAUUGAUGGCUACCGGCAGAAGGACUCCUACAUCGCCAGCCAGGGCCCUCUUCUCCACACAAUUGAAGACUUCUGGCGAAUGAUCUGGGAGUGGAAAUCCUGCUCCAUAGUGAUGCUAACAGAACUGGAGGAGAGAGGCCAGGAGAAGUGUGCCCAGUACUGGCCAUCUGAUGGACUGGUGUCCUAUGGGGACAUCACUGUGGAGCUGAAGAAGGAGGAGGAAUGUGAGAGUUACACCGUCCGAGACCUCCUGGUCACCAACACCAGGGAGAACAAGAGCCGACAGAUCCGGCAAUUCCACUUCCAUGGCUGGCCUGAAGUGGGCAUCCCCAGCGACGGCAAGGGCAUGAUCAGCAUCAUCGCGGCCGUGCAGAAGCAGCAGCAGCAGUCAGGGAACCACCCCAUCACUGUACACUGCAGCGCCGGGGCAGGAAGGACAGGGACCUUCUGUGCCCUAAGCACCGUCCUGGAGCGUGUGAAAGCGGAGGGGAUUUUGGAUGUCUUCCAGACCGUUAAGAGCCUGAGGCUGCAGAGGCCACACAUGGUCCAGACACUGGAACAGUAUGAGUUCUGCUAUAAGGUGGUGCAGGAAUACAUUGACGCAUUCUCAGAUUAUGCCAACUUCAAGUAGGAGGCGACAAGGCCCCACAGACCAGGAGGAUUGCCUUUAAUAUUUUGUAAUAUUAUGUUUUGUUAAUAUACCCCAAAUUGUGUAUAUAUCUUAUAACUGUUUUAGAAAUUGGUACAUAGGCUUCUAUUACCUAUUAGGUGGAGAUUUUAUAUGUAAAUGUGUUAGCACUGAUAGUCCUUUUUCCAAUGUUUUAUUGGGGAAUUAAAUAGUGUGAUGUUUGGAUUGAUAUCGUGAAAUCAUCGGCCUGGAAAUUGGGCUAGAUUGUUCUUUGCUUAAUACAUCUUUUCCUAAAACAGAUAACACACAAAAUCCAUUCCAGGUAGCUCAGCACCAACUAAGAAAAAAAAGCACAAAGUUCUCAGAGCUCUUGAGGAACGUGGUUGUCCCUGUACCACCAUGCACUGUAAAUAUCCCUCCCUCCACCCCACCCCUGCCCCCACCACCACCAUCGUGGGGAAUGACGGGACCAGAGCGAUAUCUCUGGCACCACACUAGGGACUAUCAGAUAAUAAAAGCUUUGACUCCCUGAG